AUGGGUUGGCCAAGUCAUUGCAAUCUCUCCGACGAGAAUGCUCAAUAUGCUUAUUGUGCUAAUGGCCCUGCUGCCAUCUUUUUCACGGUUCUGUUCGGGCUGACCGCAAUCGCCCACUCCGCUCAGGCGGUGGCCUACCGUAAAAGGUUUUGCUGGGUGAUUGUGGUGGGCACUUGGUGGGAAUGUAUUGGGCUGGUCAUGCGCACCUAUUCGACCAUCAAUCAGACCAAGUCGACGACGGCAUCCGCCGGGCAGCUACUGGUGCUGCUGGCCCCGCUGUGGGUGAACGCCUUUGUCUACAUGAUCUUCGGUCGUAUGGUCUACUACUUCGUGCCGGAGAAGAAGGUGCUAGGCAUCAAGGCCGAUAAGCUAGCCAAAAUCUUCAUCUGGCUGGACGUGAGCUCCUUCAUCAUCCAAGCGACUGGCGGUAUCAUGGACUCGGACUUUAGUAAUGAGAUGAACCGCAUCGGACUUCGUAUCUAUACGGCUGGUAUUGCAGCGCAGGAGUUCUGCAUUGUGUGCUUCUGCGGACUGCUGUUCGCCUUUCAUCGGCGUAUGCAAGAGAGGUAUACUGAAUGUUCUCGGGGCAGUCAGUGGCGCACGUUAGUGUUUGUUAUGUACGCCACUUUAGGGUGCAUCACGAUUCGAAUUAUCUACCGCCUGAUUGAAUUUGCCGACACCAACACCGUAGGCACUAGCCCGCUGACUGUCAACGAAUCUCCCUUCUACUGUCUCGAAUGUCUGCCUAUGUUCGGCGCUAUGAUCAUUUGGAAUAUCUGGCACCCAGGCCGCUAUCUCCAAGGCGAAGAGAGUGAUUUCCCCAAAAAGGUGAAGGUAUCCCGCAAAGAGAGGAAAGGUAUGAAGCGGGAAGAGAAGGCCCGCAAGCGUCAGAAUCGCGACCGCUCGUCUGGCCGCAAAGGUAGCCACUAUUCUGAGUAUCAGCGGGCACAGUCCUCCGAUGGAGGGGCCUGGAGGAAGGAAUCCCGUACACCUAUCCAGUGCAAGGACGAAGUUAGGUUGCUAUAUUAG